AUGGACACGAAUUACAGUGAUCUCGGCUUUCGAAAUCGUCUUAUCAAGCAACAACCCAACGUGCAACUCUGCGGUUACAAUGAAAAGCCCCAAGAUGACAAUAAACCCCCAUUUUCCUAUGUGGCUCUGAUCUACAUGGCGAUCUCGAGUGUACCUGAGAAGAAAAUGACACUCGCACAGAUUUACAAGUACAUCGAAACCAACUACGAGUACUACCGGACAGCCGAUUCGAAACGGAAACAAGGAUGGCAAAACUCGAUCAGACACAAUCUCUCGUUGAAUGAUUGUUUUGUGAAGAAGCCAAAAGAUGGAGUCAGCUCGGCUCAAGAUCGAAAGGGAAAUUUCUGGUCACUCACUCCGGAAAGUGAGAACAUGUUUGACAACAACAAUUACAAAAGAAGACGCGUUCGUCGCCCACCAGCGCCAAUGUUUCCCCAGCAGACUCAACUCCAACUCUAUUCUCAACACCCGUGGUACUCCAUCAUUCAACAAGCGAGUCUGAGCUCGGUGAUGCCCCCAUCAAUCACUCAUCCAUAUCUCCCCUAUAUGACCGCCACUCAACUGGAUCCUGAUCAAAAGGAUUUUCACGCUAAUCUACACUUGGCCGCUACGGAUGAGCAUACAGCUGCCAGUCUCUACUCGUCAAGUCUCACCAAUCCAUUGGCGAGCUUUAUGCAAGAUCCAUCCUCUGAUUUCCUCUCUUCGUCAACCUCAUCCGGAUCAUUCAGCGGUUUAGCCGCGCCGAUCGCCACUCACGCGGGCAUGGAUUUCUGGUCGUCAGCUGGUGGGCUAGCCUACGGCGACUACAUGGGUGUCUCUUCACUUCAAUCAACCCCACCAACAUCUUCAUCUCAUCCACAAGAUCCCCAUGCACCACUCGAGUUUCCCUAUCCAACACAA